AUGGAGUCGCUAACAAGAAAAUUCAUCCUUUAUGUAGCAACAAUUCUAAUAUCAGUGUCAUUUGUAGCAGCAUCAAAUGUAACAACUGAACAUCCUGACUUACAUGACGAUACAAUAUGUAAGGAAGAUGGCUUAAUGCUAAAAAUCUGGAUGCCUCAACACGGUAUUUCGCUUGGUGAUCGAUUUGCUCGCGGUGCGGUUUACUUCUUCGCGCUCUUUUAUCUCUUUAUCGGUGUCUCAAUCGUAUCGGAUCGUUUCAUGGCGGCAAUUGAAGUCAUUACGUCAAAAGAAAAGGAAGUGAAAGUAAAAAAGGCAAAUGGUGAAGUACAAAUUGUCGUUGUACGUGUAUGGAAUGAAACUGUUGCUAAUUUAACACUUAUGGCACUUGGUUCCAGUGCACCGGAAAUUCUGUUAUCUGUCAUUGAAAUGUUUGCUAAAAAAUUCAAGGCAGGCGAUCUUGGUCCCGGUACCAUUGUCGGUUCAGCUGCUUACAAUCUUUUCGUCAUCAUUGCUAUUUGUGUCUUGGUUAUUCCAAAUGGUGAAGUUCGUAAAAUUAAGCACUUGCGUGUAUUCUUCGUCACGGCUACAUGGUCAGUCUUUGCAUACAUUUGGCUGUAUCUUAUCCUUGACGUCAUCUCACCAAACGUUGUUGAUAUUUGGGAAGGUUUUGUUACAUUCCUUAUGUUCCCAGCUACUGUAAUCACAGCUUAUAUUGCUGAUCGUCGUCUUCUUAUUUACAAAUACAUUGGUAAACGUUAUCGCAUGAAUAAACGCGGUGUCAUGGUACAAACGGAAUCAUCAGAACAAACAUUAGAAAUGAACAAUCAUCUUGACGAUAACUUUAAAGCACUUGAAGAAAAUGCAAUGACUGAAGAAGUUAAAGAAUUUGAAGACUCACGUCGUGAAUAUAUAACAACAUUAAAGGAUUUACGCAAGAAAUAUCCACAGCAUGACUUGGAACAAUUGGAGAUUAUGGCACAAGAGCAAAUUUUGAAUAAAGGACCAAAGUCAAGAGCCUUUUAUCGUAUUCAGGCUACACGCAAAAUGAUGGGAAGUGGAAAUAUCAUGCGUAAAAUAUCUGAACGUGCACAAAGUGAUUUGAGUGAGGUUAAAGCGGAACUCCAGCGUGUCGAUGUGAUUGAUCAAACUGACGAUGGACAUGCAUGUAAAGUUUAUUUUGAGCCUGGACAUUACACAGUCAUGGAAAGUGUUGGUGACUUUGAAUUGCGUGUUGUACGUCGUGGAGAUUUAUCACAAUUAGUCACUGUUGAUUUUGAAACUGAAGAUGGUUCGGCUGAAGCCGGUAGUGAUUAUAUUGGCAAGAAGGGUACAUUAAUUUUCCCACCCGGUGUCGAUGAACAGCGCUUCCGUAUUGAGGUCAUUGAUGAUGAUGUCUUCGAACAAGACGAACACUUUUAUGUUCGCUUGAGUAAUGUUAGUGACAAUGCUACUCUCUCAACUCCAAAAGUCGCUACAGUCAUGAUUCUUGACGAUGAUCAUGGCGGUAUAUUUGCAUUCACUUCCAAAGAUCAUGAAAUUGUUGAAUCAAUCGGUACUUUUGAACUUAAGGUUCAACGUUAUUCGGGUGCGCGCGGUAAAGUUAUUAUUCCGUACUGGACGGAAGACGGCACUGCAAAAUCUGGCAAGGAUUAUGAAUCAAUGCGCGGUGAAUUGGAAUUUGAGAACAACGAAAUUGAGUGA